GGGCCUCGCGGUUCUGCAUUCAUUCCUAAGGUAGAUAUGACCGACCAUUAGUCGGUUGCGCCAAGGACAUCUCAGCAGGAACCAGCCGACGGCAAUUUUCUCACAGCAUUUAGUGUUUUGUUGAUUCCCAUCUUGUGCACACGUCUUUGACUCAAAUCAUCAGUCCCACCACCACAGCUCAACAUGACGAGCUCGGCGAAGCUGUCGACAAACCCGCGCAGCGCAUCAAGCGCCGUCUCCGACUCGUCAAGCGUUUUCACCUCUGCUACGCCUUCCUUGGCAAGUCGUAGUGGCUCUGUGACCCCUCUUACAAGCAACUCUGAGACGGCAACUCCAAAAGACAGCCUGCAACCAUCAUCCGGCAAGCGACUUACCAGAAUUGAGGUGCAUCUCCCCGCGGCAAAAGUGUCUACGAAUCAACACCUCCGCCAGAGCAUCUUCUCCAUGGGCAGCAAGCGGAAGAGAGCUGUCGAAGACAGCGAAGAAGAAGAGUUUUCGGACAGCUCGCCGGAUGCGAUUCUCGCUCGCAAACUGCAGGCAGAAGAAAAUGCGGCUGCAAACAUAGCCCAGCGCUCUGAUAGUUCUGGCCCCGUUCUUCGUCGGAGUUUGCGGGGACUGGCGGCGCCUGCUUCUGUUUCCGGUGCGCAAUCCACGGCAUCAAUGGACAGUGAUAAAGGACUCAGUUCUGCGGGUUCGCGACGUGUCACGGGCGCGGGUCGUGUUGCGGCCGCGAGAGCCACUAGUUCUGGUAAAACCGCGAGCAAGAGGCGGGCUGUCAUCGUCUCCGACUCUGGAGAUGAUAGUAGUGAGUUGACGGAGCUCUCGGCAGCCGAGGACGAUAGCGACGAUUCUGUCGAGCCCAGAGGCCCAACCACACGCUCCUUCAGAGCAAGACGAUCAACGAGCAGAAAAGGAAGAGCAGCGAUAGCACCAGCAUCCGAGGAUGAAGAAGAUGAUCCUUGGUCGAACAGUAACGACGACGCUUAUGAAGCUCAAGACCUGCUGUCCGAUGCUAGUUCUCUUUCCGACAUAGACAGCAUCGCCCAGGGUGCAGAGGCCGGCGGUUCAGGUGUUAAUGAUGUCGAUGAUGCCGGUGAGGAUUCGGUCAUCGCCGCCGCCCGAAGUGCUCUUGAAAGGGCUAUGAACAGCCGCCGCGCCUAUCGCGCCUACCGCAGUCAGCGCCGGGUCAAGAGUGACCGCGUUCGUCUUGAGACAUAUCACCCGGAAUUGAGAAACAUGUGGAAGGAGCUGGAGGACAUGCCUAUCCUGAAAGCGGGCAAAGCAGAGCAGCCUAAGUCCAUCUCCCGUCAACUUAAGCCGUUCCAGCUCGAAGGUCUGGCUUGGAUGAUGGCAAUGGAAAAGACCCAGUGGAAGGGUGGAUUGCUUGGAGACGAGAUGGGUCUCGGCAAGACCAUCCAGGCCGUUUCCCUCAUUAUGUCCGACUUUCCGGCGAAGAAACCCUCAUUGGUGUUAGUGCCACCGGUUGCCUUGAUGCAGUGGAUGACUGAAAUUGAGUCCUACACUGACGGCACACUCAAGACUCUGGUCCUCCAUGGGACCAAUGCCAAGUCGAAGAACCUCACGGUCAAGGAUAUCAAAAAGUACGACGUGAUCAUCAUGUCCUACAACAGUUUGGAGUCGAUGUAUCGCAAGCAGGAGAAGGGCUUCAAGCGCAAGGCUGGCAUCUUCAAGGAACAGUCAGUCAUUCAUCAGACUGAGUUCCACCGCGUGAUCCUCGACGAGGCUCACUGCAUCAAAACGCGGACGACGAUGACGGCCAAAGCGUGCUUUGCCCUCAAGGUCACCUACCGGUGGUGCUUGUCCGGCACCCCGCUGCAGAACCGCAUCGGCGAAUUCUUCUCUUUGAUCCGCUUCCUCAACAUCCGUCCAUUUGCCUGCUAUCUCUGCAAGGUUUGCCCAUGCUCUUCGCUUGAGUGGCAAAUGGACGAUGACAGCAGAUGCACAGCCUGCGGGCAUGGCGGCAUGCAGCAUGUCUCCGUCUUCAAUCAGGAACUUCUCAACCCGAUUCAAAAGUUCGGUAACCGCGGCCGUGGUGCUGAGGCCUUCGCAAAGCUGCGCAUCUUGACAGACCGUAUCAUGCUGCGCCGGCUGAAGAAGGAUCACACCGACUCGAUGGAGCUCCCUGCCAAGGAAAUAAACGUUGAGCGUCAGUUUUUCGGCGAGGAGGAAAACGACUUUGCCAACAGCAUCAUGACCAACGGCCAACGCAAGUUUGAUACUUACGUCGCUAGCGGUGUCCUACUCAACAACUACGCCAACAUUUUCGGUCUCAUCAUGCAGAUGCGCCAGGUGGCCGACCAUCCGGAUCUGAUAUUGAAGAAGAACAGCGAGGGUGGCCAGAAUAUCCUCGUGUGUUGCAUCUGUGACGAGCCUGCUGAGGAUGCGAUUCGGUCCCAGUGCAAGCAUGACUUUUGCCGUACCUGCGUCAAGAGCUACCUGAACUCGACAACCGAUCCAAACUGUCCGCGCUGUCACAUCCCUCUGUCCAUUGACCUCGAGCAGCCCGAGAUGGAACAGGAUGAAGCUCUGGUCAAGAAAUCCUCCAUCAUCAACCGGAUCAAGAUGGAGAACUGGACGUCAUCCUCCAAGAUCGAGCUGUUGGUGCACGAAUUGCACAAGCUCCGCUCAGACAAUGCGUCGCACAAGUCCAUCAUCUUUUCCCAGUUCACCACGAUGUUGCAGCUCAUUGAGUGGCGGCUGCGCCGUGCUGGUAUCACCACCGUCAUGCUUGACGGUAGCAUGACUCCUGCUCAGCGGCAGGCAUCGAUCAAGCAUUUCAUGACCAACGUCGAAGUCGAAGUCUUCCUGGUCUCGCUAAAGGCAGGCGGAGUGGCGCUUAACCUCACCGAGGCAUCUCAUGUCUUCAUCGUCGAUCCCUGGUGGAACCCAGCAGCUGAAUGGCAGUCUGCCGACCGCUGCCACCGCAUCGGCCAGACUCGACCGUGUACCAUUACCCGACUUUGCAUCGAGGACUCGGUCGAGAGCCGUAUGGUUCUGCUCCAAGAGAAGAAAACGAACAUGAUCAACUCCACGAUCAAUGCCGACGAUGCGGCGAUGGACUCGCUGAGCCCGGAGGACCUACAGUUUUUGUUCCGCGGCACUUGAGCGCCGCGCCUAUCACGCACACUAGAAGGGCAAUUCCCACAUCUUCUUCUUUCUGGGUGUGUGGGAGCGGCCUUCCUUCACUCUACUUUUGACAUCUCCACAGUACGAUCUCUUCCUUUACGAUGCGUCACCCACGGAGAAAGAGUAAUGUCACAUUGUUACGGGUGGAG